GUAACUCCGACGUGGUCGGUCGCAACGGUCACCACCGUCAUGGUUUUCGUUUGUUUGUUUGCAGAGAGAUCCAUUUACAGAUUUGGAAAGUGGUUGAAGAAGACGAAGAGGAAAGCCCUCUCUGCUUCCUUGGACAAAAUCAAGGAAGAGCUUAUGCUGCUUGGACUGAUCUCGCUAUUGCUGGGGCAAUGGGCGAGGUGGAUUUCCCAAAUCUGCGUCAACUCAUCUCUCUUCAACAGCAAGUUCUUCACCUGCUCCGAGGGAGACUACAGCGACGAGAAGAUGGGAAUGCUAGCGACGGAGGACAUUCCUCCACAAGGAGUCGGUUACAUCCCCUCUCAUGUCUGCGGCUUGGAGCGCGAGCCGUUCGUCUCUGCGGAGGGGCUAGAGCAGCUUCACCGAUUUCUGUUUGUUUUGGGCAUCGCUCAUGUCCUCUACAGUUGCAUCGCCGUCGCCCUAGCCAUGAGCAAAAUAUACAGCUGGAGGAAAUGGGAAUUUAACGCCGGAGUGGUGGCAGAGGCGCAGGCGAGAGGUGAUUAAUUAUUCAAUCAUGUUGGUUGAAAAUAUGAGUGUAAUACAAAGAUCGUAAUACAACCUAACGAAGAAUGGAGAAAUUAAACGAAAAUAAACUGAAUUGAAAUUACAAAGAAGAAUUCGAAAUAAUAAACCGCAAAGA